AUGGCACCGCCAGGACAGAAGGUGGAUUUGACGAACUUACCUUCAUAUACAGACUUCUAUGGUAAAUUCGUGGAUUCUUAUGAGACUGUAUGUACCCCCACUAGUGGCACGACCGAUCAACUGAAGAGUACACUAGAUAGUGCAUUAGGAGGAUACUCCGGACUUACUUCUUUGGCGGGGAAUUUCAUGGGAGCUUAUUGUUAUGCAUGUAAAAAAAAAAAGGAAUAUAUGGCCGACAGCGGAAAAUCGCACUUAAAAGAAGCACCCUGCCAAGCCCUUUAUCACUGGUUGGGUAAAUAUAUCCUGAUCAUUGAUGGGGGACACAAAAUAUCAGAAGUCUUGGAUGAAAUUUACGGUACGCUAGAUAAUGCUACCCACAAGGAUUAUAAGUGCAGUGUUGAAUACAACGAUGUUGAAAACGGCGAAAACCACUUGGACCGUAGCGAGGGAAUUUUCACGCAUAGGAAAAGAGUAUUCGAACAUUAUUACGAUUGUGAUUAUGUAAAACAGUAUUUGCAGCAAGUAAAUGACCUUACACGUGACGCAGACUGGGCAACGUACAAGGCGGAACUUACUAAUGCAUGUGACGCUCUAGGGGAAUAUUGCAAAGUGGGAGGAAAGGGGCAACCCAAGGAAGGUGAGGGUAAGGCUGAUCCCUAUUGUUCCUGGUUCAAUAAAAUAAAAGAAUAUUAUUGUGAAACGGAUCUGUCCAAACUGACCCAACCAUCACAAUUAACAUGUACUAAAGUGAAGGACACAGACCCCGAAUCGGAACCUGAAGUGGAACGUGAACUAACUUCAGAGGAUGUGCCACAGCGCACUGAAGAUGGUCACCAACAUAGACAGGAAGUUGCAGAGUCUGAGAAGCUCCCUGAGGAACAGACAACGGUGCUGAAAGUCCCUGGAUCCCAUGCAGUUCCUUUGUUGGCUCAGGCUGGUCUGCAGUCUUCUGAUGAGACAGUUUCUCUGCAGACUUUAGAACGGCAGCAUGGGGAUACUGAUUUAAAGGCCACGCAACAACUUCUUGUACCCAGUACAGACACUACAGGAAAUACAACACUUCCCGCUACUGCUAUCUCAUCCGUAUUAGGAAUAGCAGGAGUAGGACUACCAACAUUUGCCUACUUUCUUUAUAAAGUAAGUAUACAUAACUAUGAGUACAUAAUUACCAUUAUAAGGGGGGGGUGUAAGGAAACCUAA